AUGGCCAUCGACCUCCACGUAUACUCGAACGGCCCUCCUGGCACUCACCAGGAGCCGCCGGACGAGGACAACAUGUCCGAUUCGUCGUCUGAGCUUGUCGAGAUCGACAACGCCGAGUUCCCCUCUUUCUUCGAGGAGCGAGGGGACCGACUCUUCCAUUCUCAUGGUCGCUCGCCGUAUCCAUUGCCUAUCGAUGCGGACGAGCAGCAUAGGCUCAACAGGCAGCAUGCUUUACUUCGCGGGUUCCUGGAUAACCACUAUGUGGGACCUGUGACAGAGGUACUCCGACCCGGAGCGCGAAGACAUGUGAUAGAUUUGUGUACAGGGACGGGGAGAUGGGUCAUGGACAUGGCUGCCAUAUUCCCGCAUGUCCAUUUCGACGGAUGUGACAUUGACAAUGUCACGUUCGAAAUGCACGAUAUCGCCGACCGUUUCAGGCACCGUAAUGGUACCGUCGACUUCGUUCAUGCGCGGGACAUAUCCUUGUGUGUCAGGAACUACCCUGCGCUCAUCAGAGAAGUAGCCCGUGUCCUGCGGCCUGGGGGGUUGUUCGUCUCAUGCGAAUGGGACAGUUACCCAUGCAUGAUCGACGGCACAGGCCUCGGAUCGCGGGCUCCACGAACACAUCACUACUUUUCUCUCAUCAACAGCGCCCUGCACACACUCGGUGUAAGGUCGAUUGCCGGCAAUGUUCCCCGUUUCUUGGAGCAGUCGCAUGUCUUCACUGACAUCCAAUGCGCACGGUUUACCGUACCAGUCGGCCCUUGGCAAGGUGGACUCGAGCGCACGGGGGAACGUCUCAUGACGAACGUCCUCGUGUACGCGCAGUCUAUACUCCCUCUAUUGCUCGAGGGGGAGUUCGUUUCCCGGAGGGACGCAGUGGGUUUAAUUGAGGGCAUUGGGGAUGAGAUCGACAAUGUCCCCGGCAUUGUUCUUGUCUACAAUACUGUGCACGCUCGGCGGAUCUAG